CGCUGUUUACACUUGGUUAUUGUUCCCAGUAAUUCCAAUCAUCAGUUGUAAUUUCAAAGGUUUAUAGACAGAUAAUCUGCGCCGCGAUUAUUAAUUAUUUCAAAAAUGAAAUUUUUGGUGACUUGUAUUCUGUUCUCAACAAUAAUGCUGGUAAAUGCUGAUGUCAGUCGCCUCAAAUCCGAUCGCAGUAUUUUUGGAUUAUUUGGGGAAAAUGAUCAUGAUUCGAUCAUGACACCGGAACAAAGAAAAUGCAUGGGUGAUGAACUUAAGAAGCUGGCUAUUCAAUAUCCCGAAUUGAAGCAUUGGUUUGAAGACAUUGAAAAAUUUAUUAAUUCAAUGGUAGAAAAACAGAAUGAAUGUUUGAAACUUCCAGAAAUGGAUAAAUUUAAAUGUAUGUUGGAGACGCUUCUAUCUGCUAGAGACGAAUGGGAGCAAUUGACUGCACAAUUAACAGAAGAACAAGAGGGACCAAUCCUCGAAAAGGUCAAAUCAAUUGAAGAUUAUUGUUUCGAGCAAUAAGACAUAUUUGGCGAUAUUUCACCUCAUUAAGAAGCGUAAUGUAUAGAAUGCAAAAACUUUUACGAUGCGAUGCUUUAAAAAUAAACAUCUUUUAAAGAUAGAGAAGAUUUAUUUACAUGUCAAAUGAAAUGUACUAACUAACUUCAAAAUAAAAGCUUCAGAUAAAAAAAAAUGAU